AUGACUAAAAAUUUAUUUGAAAAUAGAAUUUUUAAUCAAUUUGAAAGAAUUUCUGUAAUAUUUGUUUUGUAUUACAAUUUUUAUGUUGUGAGUUAAAAUAAGAAGAUCAUUAUUAUAAUUUAACAAAGCUUCAAAGAACAGAGCCAUAUACAGUAAAUCAUCUACAGAUUCAAGUUUGCUUGUGUUGAAAUAUUAAAAGAUUAUCAAUUAAAAUAGAGCUUAAUUUUUUUGGAAAUUAUCCCUAGAGAUUUUAAAGCUUAGAAUGGAUCUUAUCAGACAUUAUAUGUAUUUGGAAUAUUAACUGAUAGUUGCAAAUUAUUGGGAAACCUUGAUAUUCAAUAAAUAUCUCUCAUUAUAAAUUAUUUAUUCAUAAAGCUCUUAAUGCUAAAAUACUUAGAGAAAAAAGUUUAUUUUCAAGUUUGUAUGAUGUUCAAAGACUGAUUUAAAUUUGCAUUAAUAUUAGAAGAUAAUUGUCUUAAUAAGCAAAAUUGAUAUCUAACAUAAGAUUUUAUUUGAAAUCUCCAUCUUGAUGCUAAUAGUAAUGUCUAACAGAACCGCUACUUAUCUCUUAUCAAAUUGGAAUGGGAAUAUUUAUAAUGAACUUUGGAGGUUAUUUCAGAUAUAAAGAAUUGUAACAAAUUAGACAGGAAGAGGGAUAAAUAUAGAAAAAGAAUGA